ACAGGAAGUAGAGAAAUAAACAGCUGUUACUCAGUCAUUCAAUUGGUCAGAUGAACCAUUCUGGCUCUGAUACCUUUUCUUAACAUCUUGAUAAUCCUCUUUUUUCUUUCUCUUAAUUACGAGUUAUUCAAAUAAUGAACUGUUCAAUCAGAUGCCUCAGUGAAAUCAUGUGGUGCCCGCUGGCCCCCACCUCUAACCUUGGAAUGGUUUGAUUGACAGAUUCUCCUGAGCCUGCUUUCAGUGGAAGGGGUGGGGCUGUCCAACAACCUUAGUCCUGAUUAGUGAGAAUGGUUGCCAUAGAAACCUUUAUUCAGUCCUACUCUGGCCAAUCCCUGCCUUCUGGCUCCGACAUGUUGAAGUCCAAAUCGCGGUAAAAUGGUGACUGAAUUGGCUUCAUUUGGUUGGAGCAGGAGGUAAGCCACCUUCCAUGGGUGAUGUGACACUCGCUCAGUCCAGUUCUUUAUACAGUCAAUGGGUGAGAUGGAACGGUCUAGCUGAUGAGCAACGCUGCUAAAACUGGUGACUCUGUGGAGACAGACGAUGCCGCAGAGUCAUGUGACACCACUAAGAUAGAUGACGCUGCAGAAAUAGGUGAUGCUGCUGACACGCCUGAGUCUAGAGACUGGUGACUGCGCAGAUGAAAGGUGAUGCCUUGCAGACAGGUGGUGCCCCGGACAUAGGCGACGCCACAAAGACAGCCUGAGUUUUGGAAAAAAGGUGACGCCUCAGAGACGGGUGGCGCCUACGACAUACCUGACUGUCCAGCUGCUUGUUGCAGAUUUCUAAUCAGCCAAUCACAUGGCAGCAACUCGGUGCAUUCAUGUAGACAUGGUCCAGACGAUCUACUGCGGUUCAAAGUGGGCAUCAGAACCAGGAAGAAAGAGAAUGGUCCGGAAAAGAGACAAAACCCAGGAGCUGCAGUUCUGUGGGCAGAAAUACCUUGUUGCUGCCAGAGCUCAGAGGAAAAAAGCCAGACUGGAUCCAGUUGAUAAAAAGACCUCCAACCUGCUUCAGCAGCAGGUGCAGGUCGGCUGAUGUCUGGCGGUCGGUCCUGCCAAAGUUGGAUGACAGUUUCAGUUGAAGGGUGGCUUCUCCGCAGCAGCAGGGAUGAGAGCCUCCGCCGCCGCCUGCAGAAUGAACUUGGGAACUCUCUUAAAUGGAUUGUUGGUCUCGGUUAUUGCAGCACUGCUUUGGAAGUGCUCCAAGCUGAGUGAGCAGGCCUUCCUGUUGGAGGAGGAGCUGCAUAUGGCUCAGCGGUCCCAGGAGGUCUCACAAGCCCGCAUUGACUACCACGUGGCCCUGCAGGCUCUUCAGGAACAGGGCACUCGCAUGGUCUGCACCGGCAAAAUGCACACCGACCGCAUCUGCCGCUUCGAUUACCUCUGCUACAGCUCCGAGGCCGAAGAAUUUGUCUUCUUUCAGUCCAACCUCUCUGUCAUGUUACCAAAUCUUGGAUCUAGGCGUUUUCAACCAGCCCUGCUAGACCUGUCUUCAGUGGAGGAUCACAACACCCAAUACUUUAACUUUUUAGAGCUACCAGUGGCAGCGUUGAAGUUUAUGCCCAAGCCUGUGUUUGUUCCAGACGCCACACUUAUCCUGAACAGGUUCAAUCCUGAUAACCUCAUGCACAUAUUCCACGAUGACCUUCUGCCAGCCUUCUACACCAUGAAGCAGUAUUCUGACUUGGAUGGAGAGGCGCGCCUUGUUUUCAUGGAGGGUUGGGGGGAAGGCCCUUACUUUGACCUAUACAGACUUCUUAGUAGCAAGCAACCCCUGCUUAAAGAACAUUUAAGGAACUUUGGAAAACUAAUGUGUUUCACUAAAUCCUAUGUUGGUUUAUCCAAAAUGACUACCUGGUACCAGUAUGGCUUUGUUCAGCCACAAGGUCCCAAAGCCAACGUUCUGGUUUCUGGAAAUGAGGUCAGACAGUUUGCCUCGUCCUUAAUGAAGAAAAUGAACAUUACAGCAGUGAAGAUUGGAGGAAAUGACAAAGGAAGAGUCGAGCAUGAGAACAAGGGAGAGGCGAGUGAUCAAUACGUCGUCAUCUUUAGCCGUUCAACGACUAGGUUAAUCCUGAAUGAAGCUGAGGUGGUCAUGGCCAUAGUCCAGGAGUUACAGAUGAGGGUGGUCACAGUUUCCCUAGAGGAACAAUCUUUUCCCAGCAUCGUCCAGGUGAUCAGCGGUGCCUCCAUGCUUGUCAGUAUGCAUGGAGCUCAGCUCAUUACCUCACUGUUCCUUCCCAGAGGUGCUGUUGUUGUUGAAUUGUUCCCAUUUGCUGUCAACCCUGAGCAUUACACCCCAUAUAAAACCCUGGCGUCCCUUCCCGGCAUGGACCUUCACUACAUUUCCUGGAGGAAUACUAAAGAAGAAAACACUGUCACCUAUCCAGACAGACCCUGGGAGCAAGGAGGAAUAGUUCACCUGGAAAAAGAGGAUCAGAGGCGAAUUUUGAAAAGCAAGGAAGUCCCGCGACACUUGUGCUGCCGGAACCCAGAGUGGCUCUUCCGCAUCUACCAAGACACUUUGGUGGACAUACCUUCUUUCAUCGAGCUUCUCAAAGAGGCUUCGAAGACCAAGCUAAGCCUGAGAAAAGACAAAGCGUCCAGUACGGUCCACCCUGGUCGCGUCAGAGAAGCCCAGUGUCAAACUUCAGUUCAAACGACCAAGGAAGCCAAGCUCUCCGUCUCCUGGCAGAUCCCAUGGAAUCUAAAAUACCUGAAGGUUAGAGACGUGAAGUACGAAGUGUGGAUCCAGGAGCAAGGAGAGAACACGUACAUGCCGUACAUUCUCCCUCAGCAGAACUAUACUUUCUCUGAGAACAUUAAACCCUUCACCACCUACCUGGUGUGGGUUAGGUGCAUUUUUAACAAGAACCUCCUUGGCCCUUUUGCAGAUGUUCUCACUUGCAAGACUUAGCACCAACAAAUGUCUUUGUUAUCACUGUCGGUUUAUUCAUUUGUUUUGUACUCUUACUUUUGGUACAACAUUCAGAAUGGAACGGAGCGUUUUUAGACCAACACUUUCCAAGUUAUGUUUAGCCACUAGUUUGAUUGAUUUGAGCUUAAAUGGUUAGCCCACUUCAGACUUUUGGCCCGGUAUUGUUGGACCUGCUUUAAACAGACAAAGGUAAAGGUUUCCAAGAAGAAAUUAAACACAAGGAUAAUUUUGAUGAACAUUGAACAUUAUUUUGAUGAAAUUAAAAACAAGGACAGCUGUAAAUUACCGAAGAAGUUCACGUCAUGAAUCGGGUUCUGAAUCAACUUUAGACAGUUCAAAUAUUUUCAUGUUUCUGUCUUUUAUUGCAAUAACACGUCAUCAUGCAGUUUCCUCUUUUCUGCACGAGUAUUACAGCCAGUGUCUGAAUGUUUUCAUCAGUGAUUUGGGGUUUUCUCUACGUGUGUGAACACGUUUGUGUUUCAGAGAAGCUUUUUAAAUUUUGCUUGAGGACAGUUGAAAUGUGAAGAUGUGCUUUUGCUGCUGAUCGCUGACAUUUAAGAUACAAAGCAGAUUGAGACUUAAAAAAAAGCACUUUACAAAAGGGCAUAAAUGAUGUAACUAUCUCUUAUCACCAUUGUUAGUUUGUAAAAGUAGAAAACCUUCAGAGUUUUUACUGAUACUUUGUAUGUGGGAGUGAUGCAUGCUUUCCUUCAUUUCUCACUGCUGUUGAUGAUGUCACAUCAGGAUCUACGGCCAGAGCCUUUGGAAGCUCAUUCCUGACUUGUCUUUCAUCGACUACCACUGGAUAAAAGACUUUUUUAUGUCAUCUGUUAUGUCAGUUGAAUUAUAACAUCUAAUAAUACGAUGUAUUAAAGUAAAUGAGGGAAAAUAAAAGUGUUUAACAUGAAUGUA